GCGGGCUCAGAGCGCCGCGGCAUUCAGCCCCUCGUGUCCCGCUGCUGCGCGUGAGGGGAUCCGGCGCCGUUCUUCAAGCUAGACCCGCUGCUCGCGCGGGAGCCAGCGGCGAGCAUUUCUCAAACUCUAAGACCUGCAGUCACAAAUUGAGAUCUGGCAUCAUUUUCAGAGAGAGACUUUUGGUAAUGUAGUUAGCAAAUGCUUAACUGCUUUGACCUAAUGGAGUGAGAGAAGAAAUAAAAAAGAACCUGAACUGAUUGGGCAGAGAUUGAAAGGGAGAAAAAACAAAUCAGUCUCCAUUAGUUGACAAAUGGAUGUAACUUUCUAUAAUGGAAGAUGAUUGAAGACAAGGGACCUCGUGUUGCUGACUACUUUGUUGUAGCAGGAUUAACUGAUGUUUCAAAGCCUCUUGAAGAAGAAAUUCACUUCAAUGAUGCCUGUCAUAAAGUAGCUAAACCAAAAGAACCCAUCACAGAUGUUUCAGUUAUUAUUAAAUCUCUUGGGGAGGAAGUGCCACGGGAUUAUAUUUGUAUCGAUGUUACCCCAACUGGAUUGUCAGCUGAUCUCAAUAAUGGAAGUCUCGUGGGGCCGCAGAUUUACCUUUGCUAUAGAAGAGGGAGAGAUAAGCCUCCACUUACAGAUCUGGGGGUUUUAUAUGACUGGAAAGAAAGAUUGAAACAGGGUUGUGAAAUUAUUCAGAGUACUCCCUAUGGGCGCCCUGCAAAUAUUAGUGGCAGUACCUCAUCACAAAGAAUUUAUAUCACUUACCGCAGAGCCUCUGAAAACAUGACUCAGAAUACGUUGGCUGUCACAGACAUAUGCAUCAUUAUACCCAGUAAAGGAGAAACUCCACCACACACAUUCUGCAAAGUUGACAAGAAUCUCAAUAACAGUAUGUGGGGAUCGGCAGUGUACUUAUGUUAUAAAAAAUCAGUCGCAAAGACUAACACUGUAUCUUACAAAGCUGGUCUAAUUUGUAGAUAUCCUCAAGAAGAUUAUGAGUCAUUCGUCUAUGGUGCUGCUAUUCAGUUUUAUGAACCAUACUCUGAAGAGAAUCUCACAGAAAAACAGAGACUUCUUUUGGGUUUAACGUCAUCAGCAGAUGGGAAGUCUGAUAGUUCCAAAACAAUUCACACUAGCAAAUGCAUCUGUCUUCUUUCUCACUGGCCUUUUUUUGAUGCAUUCAGGAAGUUUCUGACUUUUUUGUAUCGUUAUUCCAUCUCUGGACCUCAUGUCCUUCCAAUUGAGAAGCAUAUUUCUCAUUUUAUGCAUAAAGUUCCUUUUCCAUCUCCUCAGAGACCACGGAUUUUAGUUCAGUUAUCACCACAUGAUAGUCUGAUUCUCAGUCAGCCUGUUUCUUCACCUCUCCCACUAAGUGGUGGCAAGUUUUCAGCACUACUUCAGAAUUUAGGCCCUGAAAAUGCUGUGACACUACUGGUGUUUGCAGUAACAGAACAUAAAAUUCUCAUCCAUUCCUUACGACCUUCCGUGCUUACAAGUGUGACAGAAGCAUUAGUGUCUAUGAUUUUCCCUUUCCACUGGCCUUGCCCGUAUGUUCCUCUCUGCCCACUGGCUUUGGCAGAUGUCUUGAGUGCACCAUGUCCAUUCAUAGUAGGAAUUGAUUCAAGAUACUUUGAUCUUUAUGAUCCUCCACCAGAUGUCAGUUGUGUUGACCUAGACACCAACACUAUUUCUCAAACUGGUGACAAGAAAAAUGUAGCAUGGAAGAUACUUCCAAAGAAGCCAUGUAAAAAUCUGAUGAACACACUGAAUAAUUUGCACCAGCAAUUGGCAAAAUUGCAACAGCGACCAAGAGAAGAUGGAUUAAUGGACUUCACAAUGAAUGACUAUGAUUUUAAUUCUGGAAAGAGGUUGCACAUGGUAGAUUUGGAAAUCCAAGAGGCAUUUUUGUUUUUCAUGGCCUCUCUUUUAAAAGGUUAUAGAUCAUACUUGAGGCCAAUAACACAAGCCCCAUCUGAGACAGCCACAGAUGCAACCUCUCUUUUUGACCUACAAGCUUUCUUAAGAAGCCGGGACCGGUCACAUCAAAAAUUCUAUAACAUGAUGACCAAAACACAAAUGUUUAUUCGCUUCAUUGAAGAAUGUUCUUUUGUCAGUGAUAAAGAUGCAAGCCUGGCAUUUUUUGACGAUUGUGUAGAUAAAGUGGAUGUGGACAAGAGCGGUGAAGUGCGACUUAUAGAACUGGAUGAAUCUUUCAAAAGUGAACAUACUGUUUUUGUAACACCACCUGAGAUCCCCCAUCUACCCAAUGGUGAAGAACCCCCUUUACAGUACAGCUAUAAUGGAUUUCCAGUUCUUAGGAACAAUUUAUUUGAGAGACCUGAAGGAUUUCUACAAAUGCGAAAGAACAAAUUGCCUUCAAAAUCAAGUAGCCCUAGUAGCCCUUCUCCUAUGUUCAGAAGAACAAAACAGGAAAUUAAGUCAGCCCAUAAAAUUGCCAAGAGAUAUUCUUCUAUCCCUCAGAUGUGGUCUAGGUGUCUGCUGCGUCACUGUUAUGGACUGUGGUUUAUUUGUCUCCCAGCUUAUGUGAAAGUAUGUAAUUCAAAAGUCAGGGCUCUGAAAACAGCAUAUGAUGUGCUUAAAAAAAUGCAAUCAAAGAAGAUGGAUCCACCUGAUGAGGUGUGCUACCGCAUUCUUAUGCAGCUCUGUGGACAGUAUGAUCAGCCAGUGCUUGCAGUUCGAGUGCUUUUUGAAAUGCGGAAAGCUGGUAUUGACCCUAAUGCCAUUACUUAUGGUUAUUAUAAUAAGGUGGAUGUGGACAAGAGCGGUGAAGUGCGACUUAUAGAACUGGAUGAAUCUUUCAAAAGUGAACAUACUGUUUUUGUAACACCACCUGAGAUCCCCCAUCUACCCAAUGGUGAAGAACCCCCUUUACAGUACAGGUAUUCAAGAGGCAGAAUGUUUGAGAUUGAAAAAGAGAAGCGAUCCAUCAUCUAUGGCAGUGACCUGGAUGCUGUUAGUCAUGGCAGCAUGGAUAGUGGUCAUGGGACACACACUGUGGAGCAGGCACCUUUUAAUACGGGUUUAAUCAAAGUAUAUGCUACUGAUGAUAGAUCUAGUACAGGUGGCCAGUCUGAUCUUGGAUAUAAUUCAUUAUCUAAGGAUGAAGUUAGAAGAGGAGAUAUAUCUACUGAGGACAUUCAAGAAGAAAAAGAUAAAAAAGGGAGUGAUUCUAGUUCCUUGUCAGAGAGCGAGAGUGCAAAAGGAAGUGCUGAUUGCCUUCCUAAGCUCAAUUAUCAAAGUUCUUCCAGUAUAGUUCGCCACAGUGGGACAAGUAACAACAGUGCUGGUAAAAUAUCAGGAGAAAGCACAGAAAGCACAUCUGAGCUGCUUUUAAUAUCAUCUCUUGAGGAUACAGAUGAAACAGGAAACAUUCAAAGUAGAUGCUUCAGGAAAAGACAUAAAAGUGACAACGAACCUAACUUGCAGCAUCAAGUGGUCUGGGGAAAUAGAAACCGUAAUCUUAGUGGAGGGGUACUGAUGGGAUUUAUGCUCAACAGAAUUAACCAGGAAACAACUCCUGGAGAUAUAGUUGAAAAAUUAGGAGCCGAUGCAAAAAUUCUUUCGAAUGUUAUCUCAAAAAGCACAAGACCAAAUAGUCUUGAUAUUGGAAAACCACCUUUAAGAUCAAAAAGAGACAGUCUAGAAAAGGAAUCCAGUGAUGACGAUACACCUUUUGAUGGUUCUAACUGUUUGGCAGAUAAAGUGGAUUCUCCUGUUAUAUUUGACUUAGAGGACUUAGACAAUGAAGCAGAUGGAUCAAAAGAAGGAUAUAUUGCUACACAAAAUCCCAAGAGGAUUCAACGUAUAAACAGCAGCUUUUCAGUAAAACCUUUUGAAAAAACUGAUGUUGUAACAGGAUUUGAUCCUCUCUCUCUUUUGGUUGCUGAGACUGAACAGCAGCAAAAAGAAGAAGAGGAGGAGGAUGAAGAAGAGAGUAAAAGCAUUUCAACACCAUCUGCUAGGCGUGAUUUAGCUGAAGAAAUUGUGAUGUAUAUGAAUAACAUGAGCAGUCCUUUGACAAGUCGUACACCAAGCAUUGAUUUACAACGAGCUUGUGAUGAUAAAUUGACCAAUAAGAAAAGUCCAGUACUGGUCAAGGCAUGUAGAAGAUCUAGCCUGCCUCCUAAUUCUCCUAAGCCAGUGAGACUUAUCAAAUCUAAAAGUUAUACAAAAAGUGAGGAGAAACCAAGGGAUAGACUUUGGUCUUCUCCAGCCUUCUCAACCACUUGCCCAUUUAGGGAAGAAUCUCAAGAUACAUUAACCCACCCAUCACCUUCAUUUAACUUAGAUACACUGUUAGUACCUAAACUAGAUGUUCUAAGGAACAGUAUGUUCACUGCUGGAAAAGGAGUUGCAGAGAGAGCAAGCAAAUGGUAUUCAAGAUUCACCAUGUAUACCACAUCAUCUAAGGAUCAAAGUUCUGAUCGUACCAGUCUUUCUUCAGUGGGAGCCCAGGAUUCUGAAUCUACCUCUUCAACAGAUGAAAAUGAGUUGGAAGGAGCCACUUCCUCCCAAGAGACCAGUGCCACUUCAGGGACUAAGGGAGUUGAUCUCAGCCGAACAAACCUAGAAAGUUCUGCCUCCUUAGAAGGAUCCCUGUCAAAGUUUGCCUUACCUGGGAAAUCAGAAGUGACAUCUUCCUUCAACACGAGUAAUACAAAUAUCUUCCAGAACUAUGCAAUGGAGGUUCUCAUCUCAAGUUGCUCUCGGUGUAGAACUUGUGAUUGUCUCGUCCAUGAUGAGGAAAUCAUGGCUGGCUGGACAGCAGAUGAUUCAAAUCUCAAUACUACAUGCCCAUUCUGUGGCAAUCUUUUCUUGCCCUUUCUGAAUAUCGAAAUAAGAGACUUAAGACGACCUGGGAGAUACUUUUUGAAGUCAAGCCCAUCUACAGAAAAUACGCACUUUCCAUCCUUUUCAAGUCAGACAAGGCCGUCUUGCAUUUCAACAUCAAUCUCUGGUCUUGACACAUCUGCUAUCUCUGUUCAAGGGAAUUUUGAUCUAAAUAGCAAAUCUAAACUGCAGGAAAAUUCCUGUGCCCGAAGUAUUCAGAUCCCUGCUAAUGGAUCAAAAACAGCUGUGUCAAAAUGUCCAAUAUUUCCAAUGGCCAGGAGUAUUAGUACUUGUGGCCCCUUGGAUAAGGAGGAUACUGGAGGAAAGAAGCUCAUUUCUACAGGCAGCCUGCCAGCUACUUUACAAGGAGCUACAGACUCUUUAGGAUUAGAAUGGCACCUUCCAAGCCCAGAUCCUGUCACUGUUCCAUAUCUUAGUCCUUUAGUGGUGUGGAAGGAACUUGAAAGCUUGUUGGAAAAUGAAGGCGAUCAUGCAAUAACAGUGGCAGACUUUGUGGACCAUCAUCCAAUUGUUUUUUGGAACCUGGUGUGGUAUUUUAGACGUCUUGACUUGCCCAGUAACUUACCUGGAUUGAUUCUUUCUUCUGAGCAUUGUAACAAGUAUUCAAAGAUCCCUCGACACUGUAUGUCUGAAGAUAGUAAAUAUGUUUUAAUACAAAUGUUAUGGGACAAUAUGAAAUUACAUCAGGACCCAGGACAGCCCUUGUAUAUCCUCUGGAAUGCCCACACCCAGAAAUAUCCAAUGGUCCAUUUAUUACAAAAAAGUGAUAACUCAUUUAGCCAGGAACUAUUGAAAAGUAUGGUAAAAAGCAUUAAAAGGAAUGAUGUCUAUGGACCGAUGAGUCAGAUUUUAGAGACACUGAAUAAGUGUCCACAUUUUAAAAGACAGAGGAGUUUAUACAGAGAAAUACUAUUUCUCUCACUUGUGGCACUGGGAAGAGAAAACAUUGAUAUAGAUGUUUUUGAUAAAGAGUACAAGAUGGCAUAUGAUCGUCUCACACCUAGUCAAGUGAAGAGUACGCACAACUGUGACAGACCACCGAGUACAGGGGUGAUGGAAUGUCGGAAAACCUUUGGAGAACCUUAUCUUUAAGAUGUGUGUGUAUACAUUGAAUGUAUAUUGUAUAGUCAGUGUAUAAAAUAACACUUUUAGACUCUAAA